UUAUUAGUUAAUUACGUCUUGUCCCCGCCUUCGCCUCCUUCCCGUCUCCACCUUGCAGCAGAAGCUAGGGAUUCAAUAUCACUGAAAGCCAUGGCAAGUUCAAGCUCUGCGGCUCGCAUCGAUCCCGAGCUCGUCAUCUCCCACAAAUUCCUCGAAGAGAGUUUCUCGUACAGUGAAAGAGAUGCUGCGAUUUAUGCUCUAGGCGUUGGAGCUUGUGCAGGGGAUGCGGUUGACGAGAAAGAGCUCAAGUACGUUUACCAUCGGGAUGGUCAGCGAUCCAUUGAAGUUUUGCCUACUUUUGCUGCUUUGUUUCCAUUUAAAAACAAUAAAGGUUUCAUUCUUGCAGAUGUGCCUGGUUUGGAGUUUGACCCCAAGCUACUAUUGCAUGGCCAGCAAUACAUAGAAAUCUACAAGCCUUUUCCUUCUAGUUGCUCUGUUAAGAAUAAAGUAACCGUUGCUGGCUUGCAUGACAAAGGUGUGUAUGCGACUUUGCUUCUUCAAAUUGGUUAAGAUCUACUGGCAACAUUUUUCAAACCUUAUGUUCUUGUAUCAAACAAUGGCAUUUUUUAAUUAGCAUUUAAAAGAAAAGAGUGUUGAAAAGGUCGAAAUGAGACUUCAUUAAGGUGCAUAUGUAGUAAAACUAAGAUGAAUAGAUGGAAAAAUUAUUAUAUUAAAGACUGGGAGUAACACUUAUUAAAGAUAAAGUAAGGAAAAUUGACUUAGUUGUUUUGGGCAUGAUAGAGGGCAGAAUGCACUAAUAAGGUGCAUGGACAAAAUGAAUAUAGAAAAACUUGGAAGAAAAAAAAAGGCAGAUCCAAUAAGUUUUAAGUACUAAGAUCAAUGUGAUAUCAAGGAUUCCUUUUUGCUUCAA